AUGAUAAUUAUCGACCAGCUUCAGCAAUGGGAGCGUCCUCGCCCUCUGGCAAAGCACUUGGGUAUCUCAAUUACGACAUGUGUGCUCUACUUCAUAUCAUUCCUUUUGUAUUUACUCGUCGCUCUCUCACUCCCCAUCAUCAAGUCGAUAUUCCUCUUCGAGAUCAAGUUUGGCGUAGAGGACGGCGAUGUCGCAACCGCUGUGGCGACAGAUCUACGCUUUGGUGUAUGGGGCGUCUGCGCUCUAAGCGUCAUCCCUGGCUUCGAGGUCUGCUACGGACCAACGCUGGGUUACACCAUUCCAGAAAGCAUCCUCACCUUGACCGGCUAUCCAUCAUUGGUGGAGGACGUAGUGGAAGCGUUGACGGUCUUAUUGGUUCUCCAUCCUGUCUGUGCAGGGCUCUCAUUCCUCUGCAUGUUCACGUCACUUUUCCUCGAGUCCCACGCAAUGACGAUCAUAUCCCUCAUCAUCUCCAUCCUCACCAUCAUCCUUGGCUGUGUGGUCUUUGCAGCUGACCUCGCAUUGGUCAUCGUUGGGAGGAUCAGGAUAUCUGCGCUGACGGAUUUCUCAUACUACGUCAAUUGGGGUCCUGGCGUGUGGAUGAUCCUCGCAGCCGUCAUAUGUCUCUUCGCAGGAAUGGUACUCUUAAGCAUGGUCGUCUGCGAAUGCUGCGGAGUAGGCGUAGAAUAUGACGAUGAAGAUGAGAAGGGAGAUUGGAAACGCAGGUUCACCAAGAUUGGCUCUCGUCUCCCUGAGAUGCGGUCUAUCCUCUCUCGUUCGAGCAAGUGA